GCCAUAUUGGAUUAGGAAGAAGUAAAUUUCAGCUGACUCUGAUCACCACUCCUGCAGUUUUUGGGGAGGAAAAUCGCCCAAAGAUGUUCCGAGGAGGGAAUUUCGACAGACUUUUAGAGAAAGCCACGAGCCAGCUGCUGCUGGAGCCAGACUGGGAUGCCACCCUACAGAUCUGUGACUCUAUCAGACAGGGGGAUGUCACGCCCAAAUAUGCGAUCCCUGCCAUCAGGAAGAAAGUAUAUGACAGAAACCCACAUGUUUCUCUCUACGCACUGCAGGUGUUAGAGUCUGUAGUGAAGAACUGUGGUUCACCUGUCCACCAGGAGAUCGCUCAGAAGGAGGUGAUGGAAGAGAUGAGAGACUUGGCUAAGAGAUCUGCGGAGAAUGUUAGGAACAAGGUACUGGAACUGAUCCAAGUGUGGUCACACGCCUUCCGUAACGAGCCCAGCUACCGCGUGGUGCAGGACACGUAUCAGAUCAUGAAGAUGGAAGGAUGCUCCUUUCCUGAGCUCAGGGAGAGUGAUGCUAUGUUUGCUGCUGAGAAGGCUCCUGAGUGGAAGGAUGGGGAUGUGUGCCAUCGAUGUAGAGUGCAGUUUGGGAUGGUGCAAAGAAAGCAUCACUGUCGGGCCUGUGGUCAGGUCUUCUGUGGAAAGUGUUCCUCCAAGAAUUCUAUCAUCCCCAAAUUUGGCAUCGAGAAGGAAGUUCGAGUCUGUGAUUCCUGCUUUGAGGAGCUCAACAACCUCCCUGGUCUUCUUUCCAGGCCCUCCGCCGGUAAAGCGGCCGGAAAAACCGGAGAGAACGAUCUCCCGCCCGAAUACCUGAACAGCCCCCUGUCACAACAAUCACAGGUAAAAGGAGAGUCAGGACAUAUGCCCCCUAGCCAGAAGGACCUGGAACUGCAGGAGAGGGAAGAGCUUGAGCUGGCAAUAGCACUUUCUCAGUCAGAAGCUGAGAGUAAAGAAAGAGGACCAUCAUACACAAAUUACAACAAUUACUCGUCUGUUUCAACACAUAACUCCACUCCUCCUGCUUCUAGUUCUUUGUACAAUACUUCCUCAACAGCAUCCAAUGAUGAUAGUUAUGAGAUGGAUCCUGAGCUUGCCAGGUACCUGAACCGUUCCUACUGGGAGAAGAAGCAGGAAGAAGUGAAGACGUCCACCACCACACCCUCUGCCCCUGUAGCCAGCGAAGGUGCCGUGGCCAACAACAACAACAUCCCCAACAACAGCACGGCAGGCAGCGCUCCGGUAGGGACUGUCGCUCCCCAGGCUGUCGCUGUCGCCAAGAUUUCAGAGAAGUACCAGAAUGGUGAUGUAGAGGACGAGGAUCAGCAGCACCUGGUCACAACCCUCAGUAACAACCUGGAGAUCUUCAACAACCGCAUGAAGAGCGACAUGAUGCGAGGCAGACACAUCGCUAACGACACCACGGUCCAGUCCCUGUUCCAGGCCCUCAACAACAUGCACCCACACCUGCUGCAACAGGUCAAGGAGCUAGAGGACAAGAGAAGUUAUUACGAGUCCCUGCAGGACAAACUGACACAGAUCCAGGAUGCGCGGCAGGCCCUGGACGCCCUGCGGGUGGACUACCAGGAACGUCUGCGGCGCGAGGCGGAGGAGAGAGAGCGACAGCGACAGAUCCAGAUGGCUCAGAAACUGGAGCUCAUGAGGCAGAAAAAACAGGAGUACCUUGAGUACCAGCGUCAGAUCGCCCUGCAGAGGAUGCAGGAACAGGAGAGGGAGAUGCAGCUGAGACUGGAACAGCAGAAACAGGAACAGCAGAUGAGACAGUACCAACAGCAGUUCCCUAUGGGCUCUAUACAACAGCAGCCCAUGCCAGGCCAGUACCCACAACAAGGCAUGCCGGGCCAGCUGCCCCCCGGAGCCAUCCCCCCUCAGCAGGCCCAGUCCUUCAGCCCCCCUCAGUCUGUGGAGGGGUCCCCCCUGCAUACAGCCUACAGACAGCAGCCACAACAGCCUGGGUACCAGCAACCUGUGUCUGUGGCUAACCCUCCACCGCAACAGCAGCAGCAGUUUGCCCCCACCACCCAGCAGCAGAUGUACAACCAGCAGCGGGUACAGGGUUACCCCCAGCAGGCCCCCGUUACCACGGUACCCACCUCGGCCAAUCAGGGCCAGCCCAUGUUCCAACAGCAGGCCGGCUUUCAACAAACCAACCAGCCGCAGUCCCUGCCUCCACAGACACAGUACCAGGCUCCGAACAGCCAGCCCUCCAGCCUGCCCAUGCAGCAGCCUGCUAGCCUCCCCCAGUUCAGCACGGGGUCUGCACCAUCUUCUAUAGACUAUGCACAGCAGCAGAAACAGCAGCAACAACAGCCACAACAGAACUUCAACAUGCAGGCCAUGGCUAACGCCCUCCCCCCACAAGGUCCCCCGAGUGGGUAUGUCCCGCCCCAGCCCCAACAGAACACCAUGUACCAGCAGGGACAGUCCAUUCCACAGCAGGGGGUGCCGCCACAUCAGAUGAACGCCGGCUACCCCAUGCAACAAAUGGCCCAGGUACCCCCCCAGCAGCAACAAGUACCCCCUCAACAGCAGCAGGGCCCCCCUCAGCAGCAAAUGCAGUAUCCCCAACAGGCCCCCCCACCCACUCCAGAUGCAGUGGCUGAACUUAUUUCUUUUGACUAAUUAAAACACAUUCAAAACUUAAUAUCUAGACAAUAUUCAAUUUGCAAAACAAACAUAUUAUACAGGUUAUUGCCCUUAUCGCUCACCUUUAUUAUCGGAGGAAUUUUAUGAUUUAAAGUUAGUUUUAUGACGUACAUUGUAUUUAACUGUAUACAUCGUAACAGCAGAUUUAAUAUUGUCAUUGAUCAUGAGUUUAUUAAAGUCAAGAGUGUAGCAGGAGCUGUGAGGAAAGAGCCAAAAAAAGUAACAUCUUGAAAGCAAGAAAUGAAUCCAGCCAAAAGUCAACAUGCAGAAUAGGAAUAGGAUACUACAUGUAUGUAGAUUUCAUCUGUAAAAUGACUAUUACAGCUCCCGAAAGCCUCAGUCACAACCCGCCGUGCGUACUUUUUGUCCG